UUGACAGCAGAGGAAAAAGAAACGAAGGAGAAGGGAAAGCUCCAUCCUCUUCUCUUUCUCUCUCUCUCUCUCUCCCUCCCUCCUCUUUGUCCUCUUUAAAUUACAACUCAAUUUCAUUCGAUUUUUUUUAUUAUUUUCUCCCUCGAUUCAUGGAACAGCUCGUGAAUUUCAUCAUUCGGCCUCCGAGAGCUGAUUAUAGCCCGAUAGAUGAUUUGCUGGAUCAAGAGUUUAUGCUGAAGGGACGAUGGUAUCAGAGAAAAGACUUGGAGAUAAAAAAUAGUCGAGGACAUGCGCUGCAAUGUAGCCAUUACGGGCCUGCAGUAAUUCCUGAAGGGAAGACUCUUCCUUGUGUUAUAUAUUGUCAUGGAAACAGUGGGUGCAGGGCUGAUGCUAGUGAGGCUGCUAUUAUUUUGCUACCCUCAAACAUCACAGUGUUCACCCUUGACUUUUCAGGCUCAGGACUCUCUGGAGGAGAGCAUGUCACCUUAGGAUGGAAUGAAAAAGAAGAUCUUAAAGCUGUUGUUAACUACUUGCGAGCAGAAGGAAAUGUAUCUUGCAUUGGAUUAUGGGGGCGUUCCAUGGGUGCUGUCACCAGCUUGAUGUACGGUGCUGAAGAUCCAUCAAUUGCUGGAAUGGUUCUUGAUAGCCCAUUCUCCAAUUUGGUCGAUUUGAUGAUGGAGCUUGUGGAUACUUACAGAUACCCCUUACCAAAAUUUACUGUGAAGCUUGCAAUUCAGCACAUGCGAAAGGUUAUUAAGAAGAAGGCAAACUUCGACAUUAUGGAUUUGGAUACAAUUCAGGUGGCAAAGUGUUGUUUUGUUCCAGUUUUGUUGGGACAUGCAACUGAUGAUGACUUUAUAUGUCCACGGCAUUCAGACCGCAUAUAUGAAUCUUAUGUUGGAGAUAAAAACAUUAUUAAGUUUGAUGGAGAUCAUAAUUCCCCUCGUCCACAGUUCUACUUCGAUUCAAUUACAAUUUUCUUCCAUAAUGUGUUGAGCCCGCCAUCAGAUGAACAAUACUUCCACACAAUGCAUGACUUUCAUGACAAGGAUAUCCGGAAUGGUGUACCUGCAAUGGGGUAUGGACAUCAUGGUUCUAAUGGAUCACAUCCAGAACUUGCAUCAGGAAGCACAGAAGACGCUAUCAGUCAACUACGCUCUAGAAGACCUAUGAGUCGGACUGAGGUCCCAUCUGAUAUUUCCUCCCAAGAGAAACAAGAUGAGCCUGAGGGAAAUGGAGCAGAUGGUCCAUCUUCCUCUUCUAGGCUGUUCAGUGAUGCCCUCCCUAGCAAUGGUCAUUCGCUCAGCCCCGUUGACGAUGAAUAUGUGGAGUAUUCUUUUGAUAACUUUUCAGAUAUACCUUCCAGCAUGGAAGAUGAAGAAAGGAUGAUCAUGGAAGCAAUAAUGGAGUCCUUGAAAGACAUGGAACCGAGGCAUCCCCAAGGAGAUGCGCACUCUAAUAUAGACACAACUCCAAAUCUUCCAACAUCAAAUGGUACACAAGGAUCCGUAUCCGAAGCCAAUGAGCCAGCACCAGAGCCUGAAAAUAACAUGAUUUCAACAAGCUCCAAAUUGGAAUCAUCAGCAACCCCAGCACCCAUCACAAUUAGACCCUGUGCUACUAAUGAAUCAUCAACCAACCAGGAAGUUGAUACAAGUGACGGCACAAGAGCCACAUUGGUCGUGCAAAAGAAUCCAUCGAGCCACGUCAUCGAAGGGUUGGCACACCGUUGGAGUCUUAAUUUCUUCAAGAGCAAGAGAUGAAAUGAGGCAGAUAGGUUCUCUGACUGGAUUUACACAAAAACGUGUUAGGGAUUGUUGUUCUUUUUGCAUGUAUAUGGUUCAUGGUUGUAAAAAGAAAGAAAGCUAAGUUGUUCUUGUAGGUAUUCUUUGUGAAUAUACAUCGGGGAUUGUCACACUGCGCUUUUUAGCGUUUGGGGCAGAUAUAGUUGUUGUAUUUCGCUAAAUAGGAAAGGAAGUUAUUUA